UUAAAAACUCAUUUCAAUGAGCGAAUUUAGAAAGAAAACGACAAACUUUACAAUUUCAUUGCUUAAAUUUCAUUCGACCUAGACACUACUGGCUCUUUAAGGCUGAAAUUACGGUUAAUGGGACAAAUGGAUGAUGCGGGCUGAGCUACUGGGGCCGAAAUAACUGAACAAUUUCGGGGUUGCGGCCACCAUCUUUCACGGCGUGUGCUCUUAGUAGAGCAGCACUGCGCUGCAACCGUUCGGGGAGCUAGAAGCAGAGUGCGCAAACGAGACCGCGGGCAUCCGGUGAGCGACGUUGUGUGUAUGGGACAAGACAUCAUCAUGUGAUCCAAACGAAGGCCGAGCCGCGAGCAGCAAAGGCAAGCUGAAUCGGCAGCCGAUUACUUUGACAGAACGAUAAGCACAAAGUCCAGCAGCUACGGUGUGGGUGGGCAACGACAGAUUGUCCAUCAUCGUCCUUGUAAAUGGACAGUGAAUCGGCAAAUUUUCUUUUUUGGGAGCAACGUAAGCCUGUUGCUUGACUCCUGCGUCUGCUGCUGCUGCUGCUGCUGUUGGUUGAAAUAACAAGCGAAUUCGAAGCGCGUGACUGGUAGUGAAUGGAAUUUGGUUCGUAAGAAAUAACGGUGUGCCAGCGGAGGGCGACGACAGGUAUCGUGGCGGAUAUCGUAGUGCUUGUGGUGUUAUGUUGAGUGAUCCUGCGUCGAAGUGAAAUAUUUGGAUCUGUUCUCUUCGUUGACAGAAGACAGCACGUCCGAGAAAAAUAAAAGGAGGUCCUAAGAUGACUGUGGCAAACACGCCGCAAUCGUGAUAGAAUCCGCGAGCGAGGCUCACAUGACGAAUACAGAAGUUCAUACCAGCCAGCCAGUCGAUAGUCAAACGUCAAUCAGAGCUGGGCCAACUCUCACAGAUUGGGAUCCUUCCAAUUUUCUUUAGCGGACGAGAACUUAUUCGUGCAUAAUUUGCAACCGACAAACGUUGCUCUUCUCUGGCGCAACAGGCAAAGUGACUCAACCACAGAACCAUGUCUGUGAAAGCGCAGCCCCCCCCUCGAAAGGUGAAGCACUCAAAUCAACUAAAAACGGUUCAUAGCGAGCAGCUAUCUAAGUUGCAGUUGAAGCACCAACAGGACACCGAAUUGCUCGAUGACAUCCGGAAUUUCACGAAGAUCCGCGCACAAAUCGAAAAGGACUAUGGUACGGCGAUGGUCAAAUUGGCUACGACAUACCUGGCCAAAAAACCGCCGCCCGGAAUCGACUACAAAACUGAAGAUAAGGCUGAAAUUAAGUCUGUCUUCGGCGUCUGGCGUCUACUGCUGAAUGAGAGCGAAAAAAUUGGUAAAGCUCGACUAGCGUCAGCAGAUGUGUUUCAAUCUCGUAUAUCGGAAAACGCCAAGAAUACGCGACAGGCAAAGCUUGCCGUAGCCAAAAAAUGCUUCGACGCCCUUCGAAAGUACCAGGAUGAAGUCCAGCAGACGGUUCUGGAGGUCGACAAGACGCGCAAGUUGUAUUUUGAGGAGGAACAUAUGGCGCACGAUGCACGGGGUAAAGCGCACGACGUCGAGGAAAAGCUUAAGAAGAAAAAAGGCGGCAUUUUUUCGUCUAUAUCUUCGCUGCAAAAGAAAAACGAUAAGUUCUUAGGUCGACGGGAAGCGUGUGAUAUUCAGUCCACAAAGGCAAGAAACGAUUAUAUUCUCGCACUCGCUGGAGCAAACGCUCAUCAAAGACGAUACUACGAGAUUGAUCUGAAAGAUAUACUGGAGAGUUUGGACUGCGACAUUUCUGAAAAGGUACGCGAGUACCUGGUUCUUAUGUCACGUACAGAGUUACUGACGGUCGCAGCGUGCAGCUCAUCAUUUGGACGAAUUCAGGAAGAGGCGUCGAAAAUUACGAAACGAUACUCGAUCGAACAAUACCUCGCCGAUAACCCCGUGUUAGGUUCGACGAUUGAAUACGAGUUCGACGCAUGUGAUGGCGAUGAGAUUCGGACAAUUUGUACGGACCAUUUAGCGGACCACGCGUUGCAGAAGGACGCCAAACGUUGGGCGUCUGCGUACAUGAAAGAGUGCCGUGUGCUGAGGGAUUCUAACAGGGAGCUAAAUAAACUAUAUAACCGACGGGACAAAGGCGAAAAGACCAUUGAGAAUAUAAGUGGAGAAUACGAAGAUAUCGAUGCAAAAAUCGAAGAGUACAAAAACAUCAUUAGAAGAGCUGAAACUGGUCUUGUCAAAGCAGAGGCGCGGCUAACUGUUCUCAGAGUAGGCGGAGUGAAUGUCGACGAGUAUCUUAGCACGCUGGACAUCGACUCGCUACAGAUCGAAGAACUGACGCGUAAAGGAAGUACGGCAUCACGGCGAAGUUUCGACGCUCGAGAAGCAGAAGAGCGACCUGACUCACAGUCAAGCAGUGCCGCAGACGAAGAAACGCGGCAAAGAGAUUCCUACGACGAAGACGUGCAACAGUACACGCUCACCGCAGAUAAUAACCGAAACAGCUCUCAGAGCUACGAUUACCCCGAGCAGGAGUAUACCGCAGAUGAGGCCGACUACCAUACAGACAACACAGACCAUGAAGCCGUACAGUCAAGCUUCAUCGACCCAACAACCGCUGAUUGGGGAGACGAAGAGGUCGCGGUGCCCACCAGUGUUCCAAUUCAGGCAGCUGAACCGGCCAGUUACGAUGCAUUUGGAGGUACCGCUGGAACGGAGUAUCCUUCGGGAGAGUGGGAGAGCGCCGGGGCAAUUGAAGGGGCAGAUGGCAGCGACUGGGCAACUGUAACUGAUCAACUUUCAGCCGGAUGUCGAUGUAUGGCCAUCUAUUCAUACGAAGCAGCCAAUGAGGACGAACUGGCCUUUGUUGAAAAUGAAGAACUUGAAUGCGUUCACGAGGGCGACGGUGACGGAUGGAUUCGGGCCCGAAACUCGCAGGGCGUUGAAGGUUAUAUUCCAGCUAACUACGUGCAGCCGCACACUGCACUGGCUAAGAACGAUGGAGGUGUAGAGUCGUUCAGUGUGGUUUCCUAUGAAGGGGCUCCGACAUCUGCCACACCGAUACCACCGUCGUCACUACCGAGUAGUUUGGCGCCUGUCGGGUCUACACAACAGCCUUGCUGUAGGGCACUUUAUGACUACGAGUCCACCUGCGAGGAUGAGCUUAGUUUCUCAGAGGGCGACAUUAUCAAGAUUGUGAGCAAGCUCAGCUCCGAUGGCGUUGAUGACGGGUGGUGGACCGGAGAAUUCAACGGAAAGACUGGCACAUUCCCGUCGCUAGUGGUAGAAGAGAUGAAGCAUACGGGAGAGCCACAGACGCCUAUAACCCCAAUGGUGCAGACGCCAGAUGGACUUCCUCCGCCUCCUAAUUUCGAACCUCCUAAGCCAGUGAGCAGCCCAGGUGACGAGGGCUGUAUGCUUCCUGAAGCACCUCCGCCACCUCCAUUGGAAGCGCUUGAUGAAAUCGAGCGUGAAAAAAACUCCGCACACCCACCUUCCGGACCGCCCCCAAUGCCACCCCCCCCACCGCCUGUGCUUACCAGCAUUGUCAAUAUUGUGAUCGACUCGCCGGACGAGCCUCCACGAGAGUUUUUCGACAGCUUCGACGAAGAUGAGCCACCCACAACGAUUGAAAGAAAACCUACCGAGAAGGGCAAACCUGUCGCUGACCAACCGGAAGACUACAGUAAGGAUAGCAGCGCCGAGAAGAGUCAACCAGAAGGACACACGAAAACAAGCCAAUCAGCCGCACAACAGAGUUCCGUCGACACUCCAGACGAAAAGAAGGAUGCAGAGAAGGCUAUUGACGAGGACGAAGACAAAGACAAGGACGUCCAGCAGCAAAAGCUGAAAGCUGACGCGUCGGAUGCCUCCAAGGAGAUUUUGCCGUCCGGAAAAAAGUUUGCCGGCGUCCCUAACAAUGGUGAUGACAGAGAGCUUCCGCCACCGGCGCCCCCUUCACCACCACCACCGACGGACUCGGAGAGCCUGCCUGAGCCAACGCUCGACGAUUCGACCCAAGACGAAGUGCCCAUGGAGACGGGCGAAGACGGCCCGCCCGAUCUUCCACUUCCUCCCCCACCAUUACCUGCACCUCAAGCAACUAUGUCCCCCUCCCAAGAUGUCGAUCUAUGUUAAAGUUAUUAUUACUAUUAUACGACACAUUAGAACUACAGCUGCUACUAUGAAUAAUGGUGCCGCCGACUACGAUGAUGGAUAUCAUAACCAUGAUAAUUGCUAUCAUCUGUUGUCACUAUUAUUAUUGAGAAUACAUACAUUUUUGUCUAUGACAGUGGAAAAGGAAAAGAGUGAAAAAAAAACGGGAGAUUAAAAGGGGUAACGUAUGCAAUGAAAAUUGAUACUAAUAGUAACAAUAACAGUAAUAAUAAUAACAAUACAGACACAAGAGUAACCGAAAAAAAAUUAGAUAACAGGGGUAUUCGUAUCAGCAUCGUUACCGAAGAUGUCGAUUAUAAUGAAAAGGUUAUUAUUUAGCGGAUGAUGAACAGUAAUGUCAUGAAGGGAAAUACGAAUGGUAGUAGAGCAAACGCUAACACAAACAACAAUCUUCAUGAGUUUGAUGCAGAUUAUGGAAGGUAUUUGGAGGGAAUAUUUGGAAGGAAAUAAGAGUGUCGUCAUUGUUGAGUAACGUCAAUCGGUUCCGUUGUAUAGUAUAUAUUCCUAUUUCAUAGAUUAUUAUUACUACCACUGCAACUACAGGCACGAAAACCAAAAUUACUACUACCAAGCACUACUAUAAUCUAAAAAUGUUGUGUUUAGAUAUCCUGUCUUGUACUGCCCCCGUGGGCUACUGCGCGUUCGAUACGGAAUAAGUAUGUUCCAGAAACAAAACAAAAAAGAGAAGACGAAAUUCAAGAAACCAGUGGCUAGCCUAACAACGUGACCACUCUUCUAGCUCCUGCAAAUGAAUGAAAGCGUUCUCCCGUCACCGUCAAUGGAUAUCUUGUUAAUUGAACUAAUCAAUGUCUUUGUAUGGAAGUUAACGCAUGAAUAGUUCCGACAAGUAUAUCCGGACGAGUAUGAGAACGGCGUAAUAGAAAAGCUGAAUUAAACUGCACAUUUACCAUCACUGAUGAUGAUGGACAUGAGAGAUAUACACAAGCAUGUAUGACUGGGAACGCGGAUAGUUAUCCAGGGCUUCUGCAUAUAUUGAAUUAGUUGUUGUUGUUAGCCUGCAUGAUGGCGUUCAGCGUCAGGCCGUGCCCGCUUCGAACUUGAAACCCUCAAGCUUCACCCGGAAACUGUACUCACUCGCUGGCGUUCAUUUAAUCCAGGAGCUCGCACACAAAUCGAUACUGAUAUCAACGUAGCGUUUUCUUUCGCACCUCGAGGAGCGAGCGCUACAUUGAUAGAUCACUGUCAGUUUUGGAAGGACGGCCGACGUUAGAUAGAGUCCAGUGUAUACUAGUUAAGUGUAAACUUAACUACGUAGGGUUCAAAUAAUAAGGCAUCGCGGUAACCCUUUAAAGGCCAACGACAGGUUUUUCAGAUUUUCGCAAAUGAAUUCGUGUCUGGCUACGCGUUGACCUAAGGGAAUGGUGAUGAUCCCCUGUAAAGAUCGGUUACCCCAUUCGUUGCCCCGUUGUUUAGUCGGCCUAUAAUAAGGCGACAACGCCGUUGUUUUGUUGACUGUCGUUGAUCUGAGGAAGUGAUAAUGAUUAUGCUGAGGUUAUUGGGGAGUUUAGGGGAGGACUAUUUGGUCGAAAGGAUCGAGGUUAGAGGUCGCGAGAGGAAAUGACAAUUGGGAGCUUUACAACACUCGAAGCGGAUUGGCAAUUGGCGUGUACCGUGUGCCGCGCAGGAGCGUAUAUACAGCGAACGCGAAGGUGAGCAGAACCACUGAGGUAGACGUUGAAUGAUGUGAGAUUGGGUUAAGACGGAAAAGUAUAGGAAUGAUAAAAGUAUGGCAACAGAUAUACAAUAUAUGAAUAAAAAUGACAAUACAUACAAACCAAUAACACAGAGUGCAUAAGUGAAGAUGAGCGAUAUGUAGAUUAUACAAACGAUAAUAAAUCAAACAGAGAUACCAAAGAUAAAACGAUAUUAAAUGACAACAUAUACGUAUUAUAUACUACAGGUUGCCCGAAAUGACCUUUCCUGUACCUCCGACCGCGCCGUUCUUUCCAAAGCAGCGCGGGUGGUGGUACGUUAACUCAAAAACCUAGUCACUGAUAAGAAUAAGUAAGAACCGAUGAUGAUAUAAAUAUAUGAGCAGCCCUUACCAAUGUACGACGAUGAUUCCAUACAGAAAAUUAUCCAUGAUCAUGUAGACAACAGAGAGUGCUGAUGCUGCCGAUAAUGAUAAGAAAUUAUAAGAUUAAUAGCAAGGAUAUCUGCAUUCUAUAACGAUGGUUCUUAUCCUUGCGCCUGCUAAACGGCUUCCUUCGUUUGUGUGUGUCCCCAUCGUUCUCGCGGAUUAUAACGAUUUCCCAUUGUUCUCAAUCCGUCGUAGAUAAACAGAGUCUUCGACGUGCCCAAUGGCAUGUUCAUACAUGCAUCGAUAUUCUCAUAAACAAAUACUUGCAUGCACAGAUGCUACUUUGAAUUUCCAAAUUGGCUCGCGUUCAGAUUGUUUUAAACAUCGAAGCUACUUCGAAGGAGCUCUGCUUUCGACCAGUGUAUCAUCUGGCCAACGAGGUGACGGGUAACAAAUUAGUGACUAGCACACUUUAUUACAAGCACAACAAUCUGUCGUUUGGCUAAUAUAUAUAUAUAUAUAUAUAUCUGUUGUUAAGUGGAAAACAAUAUGGGGACCGGCAAAAGCAACGAAUCGCUUUGUCGCUUUUUCUUUUCUAUGACUGAACUGUCUUAUAUUUGUUCGCUGCAUUUCUGUUCGACCCAGCACUAGCGAGAGCUGCUGUUUCAACAAAGCAGACCGUUGUGGUGAGCGAUGCAAAGAGCUUCUGCGAAUUUCCUUGAUGAUAACUUACUUGGCAAUUUUCAUGAUCCGCGAAAAUCCAAGGCAUCGAAACAAAAAUUAAGGAGAAAAUGAAAGGUAAGUAGACGUGCGAGCCGGCCCGCCGGCCGUUAUGUUGGAUAUUGCCGUUGUCGUUAACUCUAACUACAAAGAUGAGGCAAGCGUAGACAGGGCGCAACAAAAAUUGAGAAUGAUUAUGGAGCGGUAACUUCGCAUAGACUGUAUUUCAGCUAUCCCGACAAUCCUUAUUUAAUCAAUCAGACAGGAGGGACACCUACAAACAAAAAAGAUAAUAAUGAUGGCAAUGGAACAACAGGGCGAUGCUAAUAAUUGAUACAAAUGACAAUGACAGCAGCAGCAAAUGCAAGAACUAUACCCCCGUAAUAAUUUAUCAUAAGCAAUAGAUCCAGGUUCACCUGAUAAUCCGCUAAAAAUAAAGUGAAUA